AAACAGAGAGCUUUCUGUUGGAUUCCGACUUUGCAGAAUUCAUCUGAAUAUUGUGUUUAUGUCAACAGAAUUAAAGCUGUUGAUGUUUUUUUGCACUCUUUUGUUAAAUUGUGAAGAAACCUUAAAUUGAACCAACAGAACAUCUGAACGCUUCAGGCUCUGCAGCCGCUCGCCGUCAUGGCGGCCAAAACCAAGUGGGGAGCAGUGAAGGAGCACGUGACAGGAAGCGCCGCGGACGAGCCGGACGCCGAGCUGGACGCCAAUCUGGAGAACGCCGGCCCCGAACUCUGCAUCAGACUGCUGCAGGUUCCGACAGUGGUGAACUACUCUGGUCUGCGGCGGCGGCUGGAGGCCAGCGACCGGGCCUGGAUGCUUCAGUUCCUGGAGCAGCGCGGUCUGGACCUGCUGAUGGAGGCGUUGGAUCGUCUGUCCGGCCGCGGCUGCUCGCGCAUCGCCGACGCUCUGCUGCAGCUGACCUGCGUCGCCUGCGUCCGAGCGGUCAUGAACUCAUCUGAAGGACUGCACUUCAUCCUGGACAACCAGGGCUACGUCAGGACCCUGACCCAGGCUCUGGACACGUGUAACGUCAUGGUAAAGAUGCAGGUGUUUGAGCUGCUGGCGGCCCUGGCUCUGUUCGACCCCCAGGGACACGGCCUGGCCCUGGACGCCCUGGACCACUACAAGAGUCUGAAGAAGCAGCAGUAUCGCUUCAGUGUGGUGAUGAACGAGCUCCACGGCACCGAUAACGUCCCGUACAUGGUGUCGCUGAUGAGCGUCAUCAACGUCCUCGUGUUGGGACAAGAGGACCUGAGGAGGAGGGACCGGCUGCGACACGAGUUCAUUGGACUGCAGCUGCUGGACGACCUGCCCAGGCUGAGGGACACGGAGGACCAGGACCUGAACAUCCAGUGUGAUGCGUUUGAGGACUCUCUGACGGAGGACGAGGAGGAAAUGGAGAGACUGUACGGAGGCAUCGACAUGAGCAGCCACCAGCAGGUCUUCACCUCCCUCUUCACCAAGGUGUCCAGCAGUCCGUCCUCCGUCCAGCUCCUGUCCAUCCUCCAGGCCUUGCUGCUGGUGGAUCCGGACAGAUCUGACGUCUGGUUGGCUCUGGAGCUGCUGGCUGACAGAGCCUCCCUGCUGUCCCAGGACUCUGACUCCCAGCCUGCUGACUGUCUGCUGGACAGGCUCCUCCCCCAGAAGGCCCUCUCAGCCAAUCACAGGAUCCGGACCAUCGACAGGGCGGUGCAGACUCGACUACCAGACGCUGCCACGCCAUGCGCUCCUCCCACCUCCUUCCCAGGAUCGGGGGCUCCUCCUCCACCUCCUCCUCCACCUCCACCUCCUUUACCUGGAUCAGGGGCUCCUCCACCUCCUCCUCCACCUCCUUUACCUGGAUCAGGGGCUCCUCCACCUCCUCCCCCACCUCCUUUACCUGGAUCCGGGGCUCCUCCACCUCCUCCCCCACCUCCUUUACCUGGAUCAGGGGCUCCUCCACCUCCUCCUCCUCCUCCUUUACCUGGGUCAGGGGCUCCUCCACCUCCUCCUCCUCCUCCUUUACCUGGAUCAGGGGCACCUCCUCCUCCACCUCCUUUACCUGGGUCAGGGGCUCCUCCAGGUGGAGUCAUCGUAGCCCAGGUAGUUCAGGGUCUGGGCAGUCCGUCCUCCAGCUCCGCCCCGUGUCCCACCCUCCGUAUGAAGAAACUGAACUGGCAGAAGCUCCCGUCCAGAGCGCUGACAGCUCCUCAGUCCUUGUGGACAUCAGCGUCCUUGGAUCCGGUGGAACCAGAUUACUGCAGCAUCGAGCAGCUCUUCAGUCUUCCUCCAACCGAGACCAAGACCAGAACCAAAGCCAAGACUGAGCCCAAAGAGAUUUCCUUCAUCGACGCCAAGAAAAGCCUAAACCUCAACAUCUUCCUAAAGCACUUCAAAUGUUCCCAUGAGGACUUUGUGUCUCUGAUCUGGAGAGGAGACAGGUCCAGGUUUGAUGUGGAGGUCCUGAAACAGCUGAUCAAACUGCUGCCAGAGAAACACGAGGUGGAGAACCUGAAGUCUCACCAGGCUGACAGGGACCAGUUGUCAUCCGUGGAUCAGUUCUACCUGCACCUGCUGGACGUCCCCAGUUACGCUCUGAGGACCGAGUGCAUGCUGCUGUGUGAGGAGAGCAGCUGUGUUCUGCAGACUCUGAAGCCCAAAGCUGAGCUGCUGGACCAAGCCUGCCAGAGUGUGAGGGAGAGCACUCGUCUGCCCAGCUUCUGUAAACUCAUCCUGAGUGUUGGAAACUUCCUCAACUACGGGACGCACACGGGGAACGCCGAAGGUUUUAAGAUCAGCACUCUGCUCAAACUGACGGAGACGAAAGCCAACAAGUCCAGAAUCACCCUGCUGCACCACAUCCUGCAGGAGGUGGAGAAGAACCAUCCAGACCUGCUGAACCUGCCAGAAGAUUUGGAGAUCUGUGAAAAGGCUGCUGGCUUGAACCUGGACUCGAUGCAGUCUGAGUGCAGAGCUCUGAUGAAGCAGCUGAGAACUUGUGAGAGGAAGGUUGUCGAUUCGCCGGCGGAGCUGAAGGAGCAGCACCUGUCGGUCCUCCAGGAGAGCCUGCAGGCGUGCGAGCAGCUGCAGCAGCUGUUGUCCUCGGUGGAGGACCGGAGGACGGAUCUGUCCGUCUACCUGUGUGAGGACAGCAGCAGCUUCUCUGUGGAGGAACUCCUCAACACCAUCAAGACCUUCAGAGGCCUGUUCCUCAGAGCCAUCAAGGAGAACGAGAGUCGCCGGCAGCAGGAGAAGAGGAGGAAGCAGCAGGAGGAGGACAGGAAACUCAGAGGAGACACCAACAAACUGAUCAGGAAGGACGUGUCCAACCAGGACGAAGGCUGCAUCAUCGACAACCUGCUGGCUGAGAUCAGGAAGGGCUACAACCUGAAGAAGACCAGACCACGAGCCGAGAGGGACAGCAGAGUCCAUGAUCGUCCUGCCGUCAUACAGAGGUCAUUGGCUGUGGACGAGUCCGACUCGUCUGUUUUCAGCCAAUCAGAGAAGCCCACAGAACUACCAGAGGCAGUCCAGACCCACUCAGAUCCAGUGGCCAGACCAAGACCAGAACCAGGGUCAGCCAAGAAUGAUGGAGGCCCCCCAGAUAUCCAAAACCCCUCUGAAGCUUCCACUUCUACUAAAGCUGCUGCCACAGAACGGGACCAGAUCCAGACCACAGUCCAGGACUCUGAGGCGGGCUCCAGUUGUCCUGACCCUGAGACUAGGGAUGGGGUUCCUGCAGAGUCCGGAGAACACCAAGAGGAGUCUGAGUUUGAAGAGAUCACAUCAUUUGAAAUGAGAGCAACUGAAGACAACAAGGAUACAGAUUCUGGUCCAGUAGAUCCAGCAAAGAAGUCCAGGACCAGUCCAGCAGCCGUGGGGUCCAGACGCCGGCCGAAGAGCGGCUGCCUGUCACACUGACUGAUGACAUCAUCAGCUAAUUUCUUCUUCUGUGGUUGUCAGCAGCUGUUCACUCUUCACAGUUUUACUCCAAAAAAACAUUUUUAAUUUCAGUUCUGUUUGAUUUCAUCAUAAAGACACAAAGUAACUUCCUGAUCAGCUGAUUGAUCAAAUAUUAAAACCUGUUUUCUGUUUGAUUAUUAUUUUCCACUAAUUAAAAGAAUGAAAUGAAAAACAGAUCAAUCAGUUCUAUCAGUUAUUGAUCGAUGAUUAUUGAUUAUUGAUCAGACAGUAAUAACUGGAUCAUUAUUGAUCUGCCAGUUGAGA